AUGAAUCUGAGGGCCUUGGUCUUCCUGAUGAACUUCAGUCUCUGCCAGUUACUGAAGAUCUCCAUGUGGGCACUCCAAGGUUGUAUCAAGGUGCUUCACAUGUCUACCCAGGUCCUCGUUUCAUCCGUCCACCACAUCGAUGAAUGUGCUUACCGGUUAGAAGCUUCCACUCGCACAAUCAUUGCAGCAGAAGCCAGAGACCGUUGCCAACAUCGCUAUGUUGUUGGGCUCCUCGGCGCUAGGAUGCAAAACUAUCAUUAUGACCACUGGAUCGCAACAGACUUUGUCAUUCUUCGCACACUUAUGGAUGCACUCCCUGACCGGUCUAGCUGGUUUUGUCAGUCGUCCUUCCGAGAUCAUCCACCAUGGGAAAUCCUUCUUGGUCAUCCAAAUGCAGACAGGAUUGUAUUUGAACCCCCACCAUUCGAAGAAAUCGUGCCUGAUCCCGUGGCUUUGCGAACUCGAUUCUUUCACUCAGUGAUCAAUGCUGCCACAGUGCUGUCACGUCAUGACGAACUUGUGCUUGUGCUAACUGGACAUGGGACUCGCGAAGAUGGCUGGAUCUGGCUGGGGGUCUGCGAGGACGAAGACAAUGUUUUCCUCAAGAAGGAAGAAGUCGAGCUGCUCCUGGAUGGGGCUUUGUGUCAGGUCAUUCUCUUUGUCACCUCCUGCUACUCAGGUCACUGGACCAGUCCUCGGUGGACUCUGCAUGCUGCCUGUCAGGCCAACCAAGUGGCAAAGUCACUGCGGAAGUCACGUUCACAGAUGUUCAGAGGGGGUAUAUUUGUCAGCUCUCUCCUCUUUGCGCACACUGCGGCAUUCAGCAUCCAAGCUCCCCAGCCUGGACUUGUCGGCAUCAACGGCAAACAUGAUGCACAAUCUGCUCAUAACUUUGGGCCAGACAGCCACACCUUACCACGUCCAAUCCAACAGACUCUGCCUACAUUCCAGGCCUUGAUGGAUCACUUCAAGGCAAGAGUCCAAUCCCCUGGAACUCAGCAGAACUUCCUCAUCGACAACGUGAUAUGGGAUGAACAUUCACAUCAUAAUCUCCCACUACGCCAUCUUACCAAUGAUCCAGGAUCGCUUCAGCGCAGUAAAUGCUUGCCACCAUCUGCCAUCACCAGUGACUAG